CACGUACUGUAAGCUGAAUUUGCAAUACUAUAACAGGAAUCACAUAUAGACACACUGCAUUUUUCGAUGCUGGGACUGAACGAAGUGACGAGAACCAAACGUCGAUUUCUAUAAGAUAAAGCGCAGGCCGCUACUGUUCGAGGCGUUAUAGCAUCAUAGGAAAACCACAGGAUCUCACAAAUAUGACCUCAGCAAUUUUCAAGCACAUUGAUACAAGCUCUUACUCGGGGAAGCCAUGGAGCAAGGUGGAUGGACCUGGCAUGGCGUUUGUGCAGAAAGAUCAUUCUCGGCCUGUUACAAAUAUCCGCGGACACGAGAAUGAAUACACGACAGACAACAGCGGAUUCGCAGUAUAUCAUGCCCCAGCACAGGAGAAGUCCUUUACAGAUGAUAAAGCUAUCCGGAACGGCUACUAUCAAGAGGUCGAAGAUGUGCUACGCCAGCACCUACACGGCAUUAAGAAGGUCGUGAUCUUCGACCACACGAUCCGUCGGCGCGAUGAGACUUCUCCACGCCAGCCAGUACAGCAAGUGCAUGUAGACCAGACGCCCAACGCGGCUGCAGUACGUGUGCGCCGUCAUCUCCCAGCCGAUGAGGCAGAGGAACUCCUCAAAGGUCGUUAUCAGAUCAUCAACGUCUGGCGUCCUAUAGAGAACCCUGCAUCCGACUUCCCGCUCGCCGUGGUGGAUUGGCGUUCUACCAGACCUGAAGACUUCAUUCCAGUGGAUCUCAUGUACCCCAAACGUCCGGACUCCGCGCUAGCUGGUGAGGACGACAAAGACGACCGCGGGAAAGAGCGCCUUCCGGAUGAAACGACCCUCCAAUCUCUUGAGAACUACGAGGUCCGCGGCGAGACCCUCGCCGUAGCACCGAACGAAGACCAUAAGUUCUGCUAUGUCAAAGACAUGACGCCUAACGAGGUCAUGCUGCUGAAGUGCUUCGAUUCAUACGGCGAGGGAAUGCCGCAGGGUCGACCGGGUCUUGCGCUACGCACUCCACACACUGCGUUCAUGGACCCGUCGACACCGAAAGAUACGCCAGGAAGACAGAGCAUCGAGGUCCGAUGUUUGAUUUUUUAUGAAUGAUGGAGGAAAUGAAAAUAACACGUGAGCCAUGAGCUACACCAAAAUGCUUCAAUGUGUGUAGCAAGCUUCUGCUGCUUAGGGUUAUGCUCAUACACUUCAUCUGCUUUUGACUCGGCUCAUGAUAUUAUUCCCAACGACAACAACAAAUGCCACAACUACAAUCACAAUCGUAACUACGAGCACCCUAAGUACAUCUUAGCUGUUAGCUGAUGCUAAGCUGAUGCUAUCGGUCGCGGAGUGGCUGCCGCUGUGGUCCACUCGCAAAGUGUAUGGACCACAGUCAAUUCCGGGCAUAGGCUUAUCCGUACCUCAAGUAGACGUUGAC